AUGACAAAGGUAUCAAUAACUACAUUCAAUUGUGGCAAACAAUUUCCUUUCGAGGAUCAACAUGGUUUAGAUAUUGUAAUUCAAGAGUUGGUACCAGAUGGACAGAAUGCUCAGGAUAUUUAUGGAUUCGGAUUUCAAGAAUUGACCAAGAUCUGGGAAGGCUCUUUCGAAGAUACAACUGUGUCUUAUCGAAAAUUACUUUCUAGUAAAAUCAAGCAGCAUUUGAAUGACAUAUUUCCAAAUGAAAGAUACGAAGUUGCUAGUACAAAGAAUAUUGGCGCGCUAUUCUUAAUACUGGUUGUCAAUGAGCGGACAUUCGACAUUAAUAACAUACUCUCCAAUCACUGUAAGUGUGGCUAUUUCGGUUCAAAUCUAAAAGGUAGUGUCUUUACUUGUGCCAAUUUACACAAUAAAAGGACUUCCAACAAUGAAACGUUUACAUUUAUUAGUUGCCAUUUAACUGCCAAUGAAGGAGAUGUUAAUUUGCAAUACAGAAUUAAUGAUAUCAAUAAGAUAAUGAGUACAUGCAAAAGAGAUUUAGAUGUUAUGGAUUAUCAGAAUGGCCAUAUUUUUUUCUUUGGAGACUUGAAUUUCAGGGUGAACAGUUGGCUUAAAACCAGUGUAUACAAUGAAGAUUCCAUCUCUAGUCUUCUUAAUAAAAACGACGAACUAAAUAUGGUCAGAAAGGAAGGCUUAGUGUUAAAAGAGUUUACGGAGGGUACCAUUAGUUUCCCACCGACUUACAAGUAUACACUUUCCGAGCUAAACAAUUACAAUGAUAAAAGAAUUCCCUCUUGGUGCGACAGGAUUUUGUUCAAGAUAUAUCCCAAGAACUUACCUCCAAAAAUCGUUUCAUAUAAUUCCAAAAGAAGAAAUACAGGAUUAAGUUUUACAGAUCAUGAGCCAGUGAACUUGAUUCUUGAAGUUCCUGAAGUUCCAAGUAAGAAGGAUUUUAGAAAUGUAACAAUACUUUCCAGAGUAAAAACAUUUGAAGAAAUGCUUGGUGAAGCUGCUGAUUACAUGUUUGGCUACAUUGGGUGGUUGCUCUAUAAGAAGGCUCAUAUUUGGCUUAUCCUUGUAAUAGUACUACUUUUCUUGCUAUAUAAAAUUAUCUGA